AUGUUUCUAAGUACUUCACUAGAUUUGAUGAACGACGAGGUGGAGAAAGUUAUCGUCCAGCCGAGAGAAACGGUCGUUCCCCUUCUCGGGGGUAUGAAAUUCGUCACCGGCGUUCGCCACCACGAACCCGAAGCCCUCCUCGACCACGAGCCGAUACUUGGGUACCGUCAUCAAAUAGAGGGUAUGGACGCCCACGAAGUCGGUCACCACCACCAUAUCGGCGCCGCUCACGUACUCCUCCGGGGAGAAACUUUGGUCCAGCCCCCUAUGAAAGAAGACGAUCACCAAGAAGAUUUUCGCCUAGGCGAGAUGAAAGGGUCCGCUCACCACCCCCAAAAUGGCGCUCGAAAUCUCCCUACAGUGAUGGCAGAUCACGGAACACAUCCCGUGCUCGCAACAGCCCAAGGCGCAUACGCGAUACAACUCCUAUCAGCCAAAAUUUCCGAUCCGCAAGACGGGACGGCUAUAGAAAAGCAUGUUGUGGUUUCGCACACAGCUCGUAGUCGGUCACCGAUCCGCUCUCCGGUACCCUUCCAACGUUCGUCGAAACCCUCAGAGCGAUCUCCGUACGGGGACCAGAUCCAUGACACGGAGCCCUCUUACCCACAUCGGCUAGAUAACGAGGAAAGAGUAUCGGUUGGCAACCAUUCGCCUUUCUCGAUUCCAGAGAAAGCGCAUUUGGAACUUCAGACGAGUGGGACUAAGGUUGGUGGCAACAUUCCAACUCAACCGAAAAACCAUGGCGCAAGCCCAGUUACGCUCCCACCACCAGGAUCUUAUCAGGGACCGAGACCGCCAUCCAAUCAGCAUCGGGGUCCUCCGCAUGUCUCUUUACUAUCAGCACCGACUCGUCCUCGCCGCGGACCUGGCCCACGUGAAGCCUGGAUGGGGUCUCCGGCGAUACGCCGCGGACCUACUGCACCUUCCCAGGUCCCACCAGCAGGUCCUCGUGCUUCUUUUUCAUCCCCCGUGCCAGGUGGCAGUUACCGACACCCAACUUCCCGGCAACUCAGCACUCCAUCUGUAACUCAACCAUUGUCUCAGAGGGGUAUAAAUCAUCUUGCGGGACUCUGUACUAUCAUACCAGAAGGUCGGAGUCUUCCGUCGCUUCUCGAUCCUGCUGUGGAGAAGCGGCUGGCUCAGCUCGAUGUUGACAAAGAAAAGCUCCUUGAGCAGAUCGCAGAGACGCAGAGGUCCAAACGGGCGGAACUACGAGACUGGGAUCGACUCGAUCGGGAAAGCUCAAUAUGCGCUCUUAAGAGCGAGCUAGCUGAAGGUCAUCUCCAACGAAUGGCCGAUGAGAGCAUUGGAGGUGGAAACUUGUUCUAG